UUUCUGAUUGUUGACUUUGGAAUUGCUACACUUAAAGUGGUUUUGAUUGGGCUAAUUAAACGUCCCUGCCAUGAAGCUGCCGGUAAUGUGUCGCACCUGCGACUCCACGGACACCGACAAUCUUCUAAAGCUGGCCACGCCCUCGAAAAAGUAUCCGGACAAGCUGCUCUCGGAGAUUUUGAUGGAGCUCACCGACAUCCAUGUGGACGCGAGUGGCAGUCAGAAGUUGCCGCAAUGUUUGUGCAGCAGCUGCAGCAAGAAACUAGUGGCAAGUUAUUGUUUCGUCAAGCAGGCGCUGGUCGCCAACGAACUGCUGAUGAAGCACUUGAAGAGCAGCUCAGCGCCGACCGCCACCGACUGUCUGCAGGAGGCGCCUAUGGAGCUGUGCGCCGAGCAGCAUGUAGAGGUUAAGAUGGAGACGGAAGACGAGGAGUGUGGCGACAACGAUGUUAAUAUCACCUGCUCCGAGCUGCCAGAAACGGGCGAACGGAAUGUGGAGAGCAAGAAAUCCGUGGAUCCACUGACCAUGAUUGAGACAGUGAAACUGGAGGGGGAACCGCUAAGCGUGGAAAGGCCGGCUGAAGAAGAGCCCACCUCGGACUUUGACGAUGACGAUGAAGACUCCCUGGACAACCUGCCUCUGAAUAAGCGCAUUCAAAAGUGGAAGGCUCGAAGUAUGUCCGUUUUCAAGUGCCACGAUUGCCCGAGAAGUUUCAAGAGUAACGAGUACCUAAAGCGCCAUGAAAUCCGAGUCCACCAGCCGGAGACCCAAUGGUUCGCCUGCUCCCUCUGCGUUCGCAAGUUCAGCCGCAGCGAAGCUCUUGAGGCUCACCUGAAGGUCCACAGGAACUCCAAGCGAUCGGCCAACAUCAGCGAGCACAAGAAGGCCAAGGCGGUGGACCUGAAUCUCUGCAAGCCGCACGGCUACAAGCUUAUCGAGUGCAUGAUCUGUCAGAGUCAGUACAACAAGAUUGCGGAUCUGCGGCGACACUUGGAAGAGCACCCGGAUAUUGUCAGUCUGGGCGUUCGUCCAAAUGUGGAGCCCAAUGAGCUGGCUGAACUGUUCUAUCCCGACUCCAAGGACAUGGAUGAGGACCAAUUGAUUGGCCUAAUCCGCAAGGAUUUGGCGUCGGGCAUUUAUCAGCGUUUCUACUCGAUAACCAAUCAGAGUGGCUACGAAAUGGAUCUGGAUAGCUCGGAGACGGACAGCGAUAUGGAUGGUGAACCUGAGGAUCCGCAGAACAGGAGGCGACGCAAAAAUCGCAAGUGCAGCUACACCUGCGAACUAUGUCAGGAGAAGUUUCCGCGGAAAUAUCAGCUCUAUGACCACCAACGGCAGAGCCACAGUUGGUCCGACGCUCCACAUGUCUGCGGGCGGUGUGAUGGACGCUUCGUUAGCCUGCAGCUGCUGCGGCAUCACAACGAGUCGCAGUGCCGGAAUGCACAGAAGCGCUUUCUUUGCCACAAAUGCCCUUUGCGCUUCCGGUGGAAACACAAUCUGAAGACCCAUUUCCGCGAGCAUAGGAUUACAAAUCAGACCUUCGAGUGUCCCGAGUGUAAGCGGGUCUUUGACAAAAAGAAAUCCCUCACCGUUCACCUGCUCAGCGUUCAUGCCGAGGAAUCAAAGCUCAUACCCUGUCAGUGGUGUAGCCGCAAGUUCUACCGACAUGAUUACCUGGUGAAGCAUUUGAAGCGUCAUGGACUUAAGGAGCAGGACAUUCCACUGGCCGAAACCUUAAUAGCGGCCACUUCGCGGCCAAAUGGAACAAAGAGAAUCACCUGCCGGAUGUGCAAUCUACACUUUGAGCGGAUUGUGGAUCUGCGGGCUCAUAUCCAGCUGGAGCUGAAGCUCUCUUUGUCCCUCCAUCAGAGCUACGACUCUCCGCAUAAUUACUCGAUCACAAACGAGUCUGGAUUCGAGUUGCAGUUGGAGGAUUCGGAGACUGAGGACGAGAUGCAGUCGAGCGGCGGCAGUCGCCACGUUUACAUCUGCGAGCUGUGUAGUGUGCAGUGUAAGCGGAAAUUUGAGAUGAUCCAACAUCAGAGGACAAUGCAUCGAUUUGACAAAAUGCCACAUGAAUGCGAUGACUGCAUCUUUAAGUGUGUGUCCAAGAGCAUCAUGGAUCACCAUCGGCUGGGGCAGUGCAGCAGCAAGGAGAAGAUGUACACCUGUAGCAAGUGCUCCUACAAGUUCAUGUGGCCCGAGAAUCUGGAUCUGCACGUGCGACUGCAGCACAGCGAAUCCUCCUCCCACAGCAGUCCCACAGGCGUUAGCGGUGGUGGCAGGCCACGUACUGGACCGGGUGAACUGGAUAAGGACGCCGGUGAAGAUGGGGUACCAUUAUUGCAGUGUCCGCAUUGCGAUCGCACCUACCAGAUGAAGUCCCGCCUCAACAACCACAUCCGCGAUGUGCAUGUAAACGGUGAUCGGAAACGCAAGGAGGCAAUCAAGCGUUUUCUGUGCUCCCUGUGCGGCAUGGAGACCCGAUCGGCGGCCGCUCUUGUUACACACACCCGGCGUCACACCGGUGAGAAGCCCUUCAAGUGCGAUCUGUGCGAGAUGGCCUUUCCCAGGCAUUCAGAGUUGGCCUCUCAUCGCCGAAUGCACACCGGGGAGAAACCAUUCCAUUGCACAGUCUGCGGCAAGGAUUUCGCCCGCUCUGACAAGCUCAAGCGCCACAUGCUCACCCACAGCGGUCUGAAGCCGCACAAAUGUACGUACUGCGAGAAGAGCUAUCGCCAGGCGAAGGAUUUGAAGCUCCACCUGCAGCAGCACACCGGUGAAUGUCCAUUUGUGUGUGGCACCUGCGGCGAGCGAUUUAUACAGAGCAGCACGCUGGAGAAACACCGUCUGAUGCGUCGUCACUUUGACGAAGUGGAAGCCUGGCUAAGGCGUCAAAAAUAAAAGGGGCUCUUGCAAUUAAAUAAAGUUUAGGUCUAGCAUAAAAAAUAGUUUUCUUCCGUAAGAAAUGCUUGUUGAAGAUGCAGAUUAUUGAGAAACUACAAAAUACUGAUUAGAAUACAGCCAGCGGAAGUAUAAAGAAAUCUUAAUGAAAUAAGC